AUGGUGAAUGACAGACAGUACAAAAGAAUUUUAAGUUUUUGUGUCUACACUCCAAGAGAAUUAGGAAGUGUUAAUGAGUCUGGUAGCUCUGUAGUUCAUAACUCGAAAACGGUAAAAACUUUGCCGAUUUCUUUUGGUGAAUUUUCGACCGUAGAAAAUUACUUCAAAGCAAGCGGAACUAUUCAUUGA